CCCCCUGGCUGGUAACAUAUCCAGACGAUGUUGUUAAACGACGCCAAAGGUUUCUGAUCAGCGACUGAAGGCACUGAACUAAAGAGCAAGAAACCAGCGGCGAAGUCAGCAUUCGUCGGUCAGCUUGAAGGAAAGAAAAUCUGUGAAACAUUUUUAAAGGAUAGCGAAAAAAAAUGGAUGAACAAGAAGGCAAUGGAAGAGCGUCGAUAGAGGAGGCCAUAGAUGUUUUUCAAGUUAACGUCCAGUUGCCAACAGGUGAAACCUUAACUCUUGAAACAAAAGGCUCGUCAAGUGUGCGUGAUUUGAAAAUUAUAGUGGAAGUGAAUAGCGGAGUUCCGUCUGAUUUGUUUACUCUUGUACACAAACGAGCAGAUGAGAAUAACGUUACCAAGCUCAGUGAUGAAACUAAGAUGGCGGACAUCAACACUUUUAUAGAUUUAGAAGCUACCAGCGGAUCCGUGACAUUCGAACUAAGUAUUAUUCCGUGGUGGGAACGAUUCGUACACCGAUGUAUGCAACUUGACAACCGCCAGAUUUUGAAACGGAUCUGUAUCAAGAUGAACCAGAUUUCCAGCGAAGAUAGAGCGUUCGUGGCAGCUUUCAUCGCAGCUCAAAAAGGCGAUGGACAGCUGUUCCAGACCUUGUUAGGUGGAGAUGUGAAGGUUGAUGUUCAACGUACUGUCCAAUGUAGUGGUCGCACUCUUUUGCAUGCAGCAGUAGCAGGUGGGAAUUUCUCGUGCGCAGCGGUUAUUUUCAUGAACGGUGGCUGGCCACUAUUGUCUAAACCUGACCAGCAAGGUGUUACGCCGAUGGACUUCGCUAAGAACACCAAACAGAAAGAUCUGGUGGAGCUGCUAGGCCAUUACGUCGAAUUACAGUCUCGGGAAGCUGAGGCAAUUGAGUCGACUGCCGAUGAAACUUCGGAUGUUGACGUUGAUGCUGUCGAGUUACGUGACAAUGAACAAGAUGAAGACAACAUUAGACACGAAAGAGAGAACGAUCUCUCAGAAAGUCCCCCGCAAGAUCUCGUCAUCCAAAACGAGGUGACAGAGAACCCAGGAAAAGGAACUGCUGCCGACACUUUGAACGAAGUUGUAGCCAAACUCGAGAUAGAACGAGUUGAUCAAGAAAGACAACAGGACGAGGAAGUAAGCGAGAGAUCUUCCGUUCACGUACGAACGGGAUCCCAAAGGAGGCUAUUUAGAGAGUCCAAUAUUGAAGGAAAGCUUCAUAAGUCACUGAGAGCAAGCAAAUCAGUUGAUUCCCACGAUGGAUCUUCAGCCGUGAACUAUGUGGUUACUCGAAUAGAUGAAAUACGACCGCUGAGCGGCAAAGCUGUCCCAGGAACCAGACAGCGCGAAGAAAAGCUUCCAAGGGUUAACACACCACCUUCAUCACCCAUGAAUUCUCCUCGCAUGCGUCGCAAAUUAGUACCAUCACUUCUGAACCCAGAAAGACCAGGAAGUCCUGUUCUCUACCCCAGGUCUCCAUCAUCUCCUCGACCCAUGUCGCCUCUGGUAUCUCGUUCAAGGUCCUCAACCCUUCCAGCAAUGAGACCUAAUCUGGCUCCUACUUACAAUUCACCUGAUCUCAGGAGAAAAGCCAUGACUCUCAGUGGAGGCGAAAAUAGACGCGAGAGAAAAAUGAGCAAGGAAAUGCAAGACUUUUUAUUUUCACACUACCACGACCGUGAAAGCAAACCUUGGAACGUAUGGAAGACAGUCAGGAAAAGCCAGUUAGACCAGUUUGACGUGUCCGACGAUGAUUCGUCUUCCGAAGAAGAAAACGAGAAGCUCGCGAAGUUUCUUAAAAACACGAAGUCGGAUCGCCGGAAAACAUUCGAGGUGUGGUUAACCGAUAAAGAAGCACAGCAAAUAAGAAGACAGACAGCAUUGGCCGAAAUGGCAAAACAAGAGACAGUUAGGAAAAGGAAAGAAGCACAGUGGCGACAGGUAACUGGCAAAACACAUCAGGAGUGGCUUGAAGAGCUAAGAAGCGACGACCUGAGAAGCCCAAAACCAACCGAGGGCGAACAAAGCGACGAACGAAAGGCCGAAGCAAUACGGAAAUAUCAGGAAUGGUUACGGGCCAAGGACGAAGAAGCCUUGAAACGCGAGGAUCAAUUAAGGAAAGAGGCAGCUGCCAAGUUUACAGAAUCGCAACAGAAACGAGACGAAAAAUUGCAACGCGCAUGGUUCAAGAAAAAACUGCUUAAUACAUCCUGAACCUCAUACUCUUGUGAGGAUGUAAAGCUGCAGGAGUAGAAAUGACUCCUUUAAGCAAAUUGAGAUCAUGCAGAGAACGGUCGGGGUAACGAUUUCAAAUUUUACUCUUAGGCAAUCAUUCUAAUCUUCUCGGCUUUGCGAAUCUAGAAUCCUAAAUUCUCAGUUCUUUUGUACCUUCAAAAUUGACA